AUGGCCCACCUUCGCGAACGCAGGCCAGCUGCGAGAACAACACCUCCAGAAGACGACCACCCCAAAUCGAAGCAACGCCGCAAUGAAACUCCCGACCUCGAACCUUCCCUCUCCGUAGUCCUCACCCUCAUCGCCUUCCUCUCCCUCCUCACCGGCUCCCUCUUCUACUACAAACUCGACAACCGCGAGCGCGGGCCCUUCUCCACCUACAUCAACACGCACUACCCGCUCCUCGACCGCUUCCUGAACAAACCCUCCAUCCCGCUCUUCGGCGCCGCCGCCGCAGAAACACCAACCGGCGGCGACUUGCAACUCACCGAAGAAGAGCUGAAAGCCUACGACGGCACGGACCCAGAUAAACCCAUCUAUCUCGGCAUCAACGGCACCAUCUUCGACGUCUCCGCCAGCCCGGCCUUCUACGGCCCGGGCGGCCACUACCACCACUUCGUCGGCAAGGACGCCACGCGCGCGUGGAUCACCGAGUGCUGGGACGAGGACGAGCAGUUCACAUGGCGGCUGGACGGGGUCGAGGCCAUGUUCCUCCCCAAAUGGAUGGACGAGUCCCUCGAGACGAUCGCGGCGGGCCAGGAGGCGGAGGAUCUGGAUCUGGGCGGCAUGCCGCUGGAUAUGCUGGCGGGGAUGGCGAAGAAGAGCGUGGAGCGGUUUGGGAGCGUGACGGAUAAGGAGAAGGCGAAGAGGCGGGUGAGUGAUAAGGAAGAGGCGGAGGCGAAGGUCCAGGAGACGUUGGCGCAUUGGGUGGGGUUCUUUAGUGGGAAUGCGAAGUAUACUGUUGCCGGGAGCGUCGUUCGCGACGAGAGUCGACCUUCGCCUCCGAAGCCUUGUAAGGCGGCGAUGGAGAAGAGGCCGAUUAAGGGGGGGAAGUUGGAGGGGGUUAUGCAGGGGGCUAUGGGGAAUUUGAUGGGUGGGAAGGGCGGUGCGGGUGCGGGUACUGGGGGAAAGGGCGAGAUGCCGGCUUUUGUGAAGGAGAAGUUGGCGAAGGAGAAGGAGAAGAAGGAGAAGGGGGAGGAGGUGGUUGUGCCGGUGGAGGAGGAGGAGGAUGAGGAGGACUUGGUGCAUGAUGAGUUGUAG